UCAGGAGCAUGUUGCUAGUAUGAGUAAUAAUCAUGACAGUCAUUCGGAUUUAAACUUUGAUACAAUUUCCACCACCCACUCAGAAACGGAUUCAGAUAAUGGUGCAUCGACCUUGUUAAACCGUCGACCAAGCAGAAUAAACACUGAUGUCUGCUUUCCCAUGACAGAGACAGCAUACAAAGCUGGAGGAUUAGAUUUCGAUGCUCUUGAAGAAUAUAUUAAAGAUGAAAAUGAAAAACGCAGAAAAGAGCAAAGAAGGAGACAGAGACGAUUAAGUGAACCAGCUUCAGCUUUUUUCAAAAGGCCUGGUGGGAGAUAUAAAAUAUACGAGGAAAAUGAGCAUCCAACGGAAUCUUCAUAUAGAUUCACUUUUUACUCUACAGCAUACAGUACAGUGCAUGCACGAUCACUAGCAGAGAUUCCACCGGAUGGUUUAACUCUGACCGAUAUGAUAAAAGCAGGGUGUUGGUGGAUUGAUGUUUUAUCACCAACAGAUUUAGAGAUGAGGGAUUUUGGUAGGAUAUUCGGAAUUCAUCCUCUUACGGUUGAAGAUAUAGAAACAGAAGAAACUAGAGAAAAAUGCGAACUCUUUAAAGAAUAUUACUUUAUUUGCUUUCGAUCGUUUGAUCAAGAUCAUUAUUCUCCAACAUAUCUUCAACCUGUGAGCUUUUAUGUUGUGGUUAUGAAGGAGGGGAUUUUAUCGUUUCACUUUCGGCCGACACCACACCCUUCCAAUGUAAGACGGCGAAUAAGGCAACUAAAGGAUUAUGUUACGGUCACACCAGACUGGAUCAAUUACGCGCUUAUUGAUGACAUCACGGAUUCAUUCGCACCAUUAAUUCGUACAGUCGAAUUCGAAGUUGAUUCAAUUGAUGAAUUGGUUUUGAUUCUUAAAGAAUCUGAGCAAACAGACAUGCUACGUCGGAUUGGGCAUUGUCGUAAAAAAGUUUUAGGGUUGUUAAGACUAUUAGGAAGCAAAGCAGAUGUGAUGAAAGGGCUCAUAAAAAGGUGCAAUGAACUUCGGUGGGACGUGGUCAUUAGCAAUGAAAUUGUUCUGUAUUUGGGCGAUAUUCAAGGCAUGAUGACUCAGGCAAAUAAUCAAAUUAAUGAUAUCUUGUCUCGUCUCACUGCUUUAGGAACCAUACUAGUUCCCAUGAAUCUUGUUACAGGUUUGUGGGGUAUGAACGUUAAGGUUCCAGGUCAGGAACAUGAUGGUUUAAUUUGGUUUGUCUCCAUACUAAUGGGAUUGUUAAUUUUUGCCAUUGUCGGAGUCGUUGUUGCACAUCGAACUGGGAUAGUAUAA